AUGGAUUGGAACCUAGUGAAGGCUCUGCGCUUUGAUCGUCUUGAUAUUUCUAAUGUUUCAAGACGUCAUGAGGGAAAUUAUUCUUGUUUUCGGAACGGGAGGUCGGCUGCUUCUUGCACACUCUUUGUUCUCGACAUUCCUACUCUUCCAAACAACUUAAGCCUAUCUGCCCUUAAUCAAUCUGCAAUAUUUUUACAAUGGAAGAAUGACAGACAAGUGCCAAAGUCUCUUUUUUAUGAGGUUCAAGUUAAGGGGCCUCAAAAUAAAAGCGUAAAUGUGUCAGCAAAGCAACAAGACCUAGUCGUCAAUGGUUUGCGUCCCUAUUCAAAGUAUUUUGUUCGUUUCACUCCCGGUGACCAGGUAGGUCUCGGGCCAAAUAGUUUCAAUGGCGGUAUCUGCACGAAACCCGGUACCCCUACGGCAGCGCCAAACAUUACCCUCAUCUCUUUCACCAACACUUCAGCCACUUUUAACUUCUCAGCCGGCGACAUCACUCCUGUUAAUGAUAACAUCUUUUCCUGCCCGGGAUCCUACGAACCACCUGAACAUCUCUUUGGCCCAUUCCUUGGUUUUAAAUUAGCUCUGGAGACGUUGUUCUUCAAAAGUGACAUCACUUUCAAGUCACUCGACAAUCGAACUGAGUCGCACACCAUGGACAAACUGUCACCAUACACAUCUUAUCGUGUGAAUGUGUCCAUUUUUAACGGUCGAACGUCUGGACCACCAGCUGUCCUUAAUUUUACGACUCUGGAGGGUCUACCUGAUCCACCGCUAUUGCAAGUGGAAUUUCGUUCCACAAACUCCUUUCAAAUCAGCCUUAUAUCUUCGAAUAAGCAUGGGAUCGUGUUGGGCUAUCUCAUCAAGUGGACAGAAUGCAGCAAUUCCUCUGCAGAGGCUUCAGCGGAGACGAAAGAGACGCACUAUACCAUACAGGGGCUCCGGAACGCCACUUGCUAUCAUAUGCGCGCUGCUGCGAGGACCAGUGUUGGUUUGGGUGAUUUUAGCCCUCUCACACCGGACUUUACGUCUUGUCCCGACCUCCCUCCGCCUACGUUGUCCAACAUCUCAGCCAUGUCAGAAGGAAUCAAGAUUUCUUGGGUAUACACCGAUCCACCAGCUUCCCCAGAUGGCAACUACUGGUUUUGGACAUGUAUGGAGUCCAUGACCUCGAAAACCUGUGAAGAACUCAUUUUCAAUUCUACUUUUCGGCAUGAUGGCACUUUCUCGUAUGUCUUCCCAUUCCAUGAUGUAAACCUUCUUGGGGGCCACGAAAUCGUCCUGAAUUUUACCGUGCGAUCGAUCUGUCGGCUCCGUGACUGUGAAGUUGAUUGGCCCUGUAAGAAGCUCAGUAACAUCUCCAAUGUUCUUCAACUUGAUCUAAACCGCCUAGCAGAAAUGUUUUAUCGACCGUCUGGAUUCAGUGAGUUCAGUGACAAAGCCAUCGGUGGGAUUAUUGGUGCCGUCUUCGCAAUUUUUCUCAUGCUCUGUUGCUUUGGGGCACUCUUCAUUUUCUAUUGUCGUUCCUCGCGGGUCUACAAGCGUCGCGGCGGCGGCAGUGGUGUAGGCAACGACUAUGGUAUGGGCUGUGGAGGUGGUGAUCGACUGGACGACGCGCGUACCCCGCUGGUAGCACCGAAGAUGCGUAGCUUUGAGGACAGCCCAUAUAAGCCCAUUCCUGCCGAGCGACUGGCCCAGCAUGUGGCAAGCUAUCAUGUGGACGAUGAUGCAGGUUAUCAGGCGGAGUUUGAGGCAGGCGCCAUUGAGCAAAGUGUUCGCACCAGCUGGCCAACGUCAGUCGCUCGUCUGCCGGACAACAUGACCAAGAAUCGCUACACCAAUGUCUUCCCAUAUGAUCACACACGAGUGAUUCUGAAGAACGGACGGAAAUCGGACUACAUCAACGCGAAUUACGUUGACGGCUUCUGUCGUCCACGAGCCUUUAUCGCAGCUCAAGGUCCCAAGGACACUACAUUUGACGACUUCUGGCAGAUGGUUUGGGAUGAAAACUCCAACAUCAUUGUCAUGAUCUCCAAUUUCGUUGAACGUGGCCGUCGCAAGUGCGAUCAGUACUGGCCCUCUAGUGGACCCCAGACCUACGGUAACAUCAGCGUUCAGAUGCUCUCCGAAAACUACUUGGCCUGCUAUGUGGCGAGGGUGUUUCUAGUGAAAAAUGUCAAGUGCAAAAAGUUCACUAAGGAGAGGAUUGUGCGACACUAUCAGUACACUGAUUGGCGCGAUUUUGACGUCCCUCCCUCACCCUUGCCUGUGUUGGUCUUCGUCAAAACCACCAUCAAGGAGUGGACACCUUCUCGUGGACCAAUAAUCGUCCACUGCAGGUCUGUUCCCUUCUCUCUCCUUAUCUGCUUCUGUGGUUUUACAAUCAAUAGCCUACAUUACUUCAUAAGGUGCUUAAUUGAAUCGUCUUUUCCACUUUUAAGCGCUGGAGUUGGUCGAACUGGCACAUACAUCUGCAUCGAGAGCCUCAUCCGCCAGCUGGAGGCGGAGAAACAAGUCAACAUCCGCGGCUUUCUUGAGCACAUUCGGCAGCAACGCAUGAAGCUGGUACAAACUGAGCAACAAUACGCCUUUAUUCAUGACGCACUUCGUGAGUACCUACUCUGUCCGGAGCAUGAAAUCUCGGCCUUGGCCUUCCCAGCUUAUGUUCAGUGCUUGCGCCUACCCGAUGCUGCAGGGGUUACUGGGCUGCAGAAACAAUUUGAGGCAAGUCUUCCUCACUCUUGUCUCCACUCAGCCUUAUUUCAUUCCACCUACUAUCGGUCACCAAUGUCACUUCGUCCUUCUGAUGUCUCUUUCAGCAUUCCGUGCGUUUGGAACUUCCUUCUUUUCAUGAUUUUAGCAGACGGUGUCAUGCAUGGAGACAAAAGUUUAUACCUCUUUACAACUCAACAUUCUCGUAUAAUCAUAACAACUCUACUUGUUGAGGUCUCCCAGGCUGAUGAGCGCGACUGUUUCACACCAUUGGGCGUUUCGGCCCCUUUUCAGCCGUCCUCCCUUCGACUGGAGUUGAAUUAUGAGUCAGUGCCUCAUCUUCCUCUGCAGAUCUGCACAGAUCACUUGCCCCGAGUGUACGAGUUCACUGAAGCUCGGAAGCCUGUGAAUGUGACAAAGAAUCGUUUACAGCGUCGUCUCUUGCCCACUGAUUCGCGUCGUGUCGUGCUACCUAGCGAGGGUGGUGUGGAGGGUGCAAGUUAUAUCAAUGCCUCAGUGGUGCAAGGAUAUCACCGCCUGCAGGAGUUUAUCAUCACGCAACAUCCUAUCCCUGGGACCACAGAGGCCGACUUUUGGCGCAUGGUGUGGGACAAGAACUCGUCCCUUGUAGUUGUCCUUUCUUCAGAGCAAGCUGACUUGUUUCCUGACUUCUGGCCAAUUGAGGCGCAUAAUCCCCAAGAGAUAGGUUGGUUACGCGUGGGUUUCUGCAACAGCGAAGAGGUAAGCGAGGGCCUUACACGCUACGAGUUUCUGCUAUCCUCAUCACGCGAGGACUACGCUCUCACUUGCCAACUGUGGCGCCUCCACGCCUGGCCUAUCACCGUCACCGAGGAAGCCUGCAGUGACUUCCUCAGGCUCCAAUCCAUCCUCGUUUCCAACCAUACCUCCGCGGCCAACGGAUCUACUAUUAUUGUGGAUGACAUCCGAUUGAUAUAUCGGAAUCUUAAUCCAUUUUUACUGGCAACCGCUGCCGCCUCUGGUCAAAGCUACAUUAACCCCCGCCUGCCUUGCAGCUAUGGUGGAAACCGCGCUGGCAUCUUCGUUGCAGUUAACUUCUUAAUCAAUCAGCUUACCCUCUCCGGAUACAUCGACGUUUACUACGUCGUCAAGAUGCUCCACCUCCAACGAACUGGCAUUUUUGAGUCUCCUUCUGACCUGGAUUUCAUCUACUCCGUGAUGGAACAGUUCCUCUUGGAUAUGCAGCAACAGGAUGACAGUAGUUCGUUCCUAGGCAAUGAAACUAAUUCAUCCCCAGGCUACGCGAAUCUGAGUCUCUUCAGCGGAAAGCUUCUCUUUCCUGUCACCCACAACUCGAAAAAUCCCAGCGCCAACGGAGAUGCAAUUCCUCUCAAGUCCACCCUUCUACCACUCACUGCUACUUCUAUGGGAGCGGAAGACCCCUUGAACGCUGUGGAAAAGACAGAAAAACGACAGAUAGAUGUGGAGGAAGAAGAACCAGCUCUCGAGCUGCACUCUCUCACUUCGAACGCUAAUUCUGGCGACGUCUCUAUCAGUCCCUCUCUGAUCGGAGUCCUUACAUCAGUUAAACGACCCCUUAACAAUGGGUUUGUGGUGAAGGAAAUGGUUCUACCUCCACCAUUACCGCCACCGCCCAACCAAUCACCGCCGCCCUGGCCUCCCCGCCCUGAUAAUCUUGAGGUGCAAGCGGUGGAAGGAGAGGUUAGUGAAGGGGAGGACCCUACACCUACCACUUCACUGGUUGUGGAGGGUGGCAGCAACCUCAAUCUGAACAACGUUAACAUUACCAAUGGUUCUUCUAUUUUCGUCUCUCAUAGAAAAGCGAUGUCUUCGGUCUCACCAACGUCAAACAGACCAAUCCUUGGUCCUCAAUCCUCUAUUCCCUCCUCCUCCACUGGAAUAGGACUACCGCGUCACCCGCCGCCGGUGCGUCUUCCAGUGCCUAAGCGUCCUCCACUCACUCCGUCGGCCAUUUUCACUCUUAUUCAGACAAUAAAAGAGACAGGUCGAAGGUUGGGCAUGAGUGAUUGCGCUGUGGCCACUGCAUGCACUCUUUUCCAUCGCAUGGUUCGUGUUCUGACUGUCGGUGAGGAGACAGGACCAUUCGCUGCCAUGACAAUGUCGGGGGAGUCAGAGAUAGCAGCUGCUCAGCCGGCCACCUACUCAGUCACCAAUGACAAUCCUCUGCCCUCGGCCAUUGAUGGAUCGAUUAGGUCAAGCUUGGGAGACGUGGAUCCGUAUACUAUGGCAAUGGCUUGCAUCAGUUUGGGCGCUAAGGUUCAGGAGGAACAUCAACGCCUCAGGGAUGUCAUAGUCGCUUACUACAGAACCCUUCACAAGACGAAACGCCCUCCACUGGAAGUGGGCGAGGAGUACGAUCGUUUGCGCGUUAGUCUCGUAAGUGCCGAGUUAUUCCUCAUGCGUCUCCUUGGCUACGCGGUUCGGACACGUGCAGAUUUACCUCACGCCUACCUUCUGCACUACCUCUCUGCUCUGCUCCACUGGAUCGGAAAGGGUAUCGCCCACCCACCGGAGACUGGGGCUGGUGACGGGGACGUUGACAGCGGUGGCGUGUACGCAAGCCACAGCGCGCUGGCAUUGGCUCGCCUUCCUGGUCUGGCCUGGGCCAUCCUAAUGGAUUCCUAUCACGCGCCGCUCUGUGUAGACUACGCACCGGAGUACAUCGCAGCAUCGAUUCUCCACCUGGCAUUGCGAAUUGCCGGUGUUGAGGUGCCGGGAAAUAGGCACUCGGAGAGUGCGUGGUGGCAGGCCAUCUCGGAUUCACUCUCUCGCGAAACAGUGGAGCAAAUCCAGUUGAAAGUGAUGGACAUUUACGCAGUGGACGAUCGCAUCAAUGCGAUGGCCAACUACCGUCCGGAUGAAGAGGACGACUAUUAA